CAUGGCUGCCCCCGGCGCCGAGGAGGACGCGCUCGCGCGGUACCGCUCGCCGCUCGUGUCGCGCUACGCCAGCGCCGAGAUGGCGUUCAACUUCAGCGAGAGGAAGAAGUUCGGCACCUGGCGCCGCCUCUGGCUCUACCUCGCCCAGGCGGAGAAGUCACUUGGACUUCCUAUCACAGAUGAGCAAAUACAGGAGAUGGAGGCAAAUCUGGACAACAUCGACUUCAAGAUGGCAGCAGAGGAAGAGAAGAAGCUGCGGCAUGAUGUGAUGGCCCAUGUCCACACCUUCGCCCACUGCUGCCCCAAAGCUGCGGCCAUCAUUCACCUCGGAGCCACGUCCUGUUAUGUGGGCGAUAAUACGGAUCUGAUUGUCCUUCGUGAUGGGUUUAACCUGCUGCUACCCAAGCUCGCCCGGGUGAUCAGCCGGCUGGCCGACUUUGCUGAGAAGUACGCUGAGCUGCCUACUCUGGGCUUCACGCACUACCAACCUGCACAGCUCACCACUGUGGGCAAACGCUGCUGCUUGUGGAUUCAGGACUUGUGUAUGGAUCUGCAGAAGUUGGAAAGGGCUCGGGAUGACCUGCGCUUUCGAGGUGUAAAAGGCACCACUGGCACUCAAGCCAGCUUCUUGCAGCUCUUUGAGGGAGACCACAGCAAAGUGGAAGAACUGGACAGAUUAGUGACUGCAAAGGCAGGAUUUAAACGAGCUUAUAUAGUCACGGGGCAAACUUAUAGUCGCAAGGUGGAUAUUGAAGUCAUGUCUGUGCUGGCCAGUCUGGGAGCAUCUAUACACAAGAUUUGUACUGACAUUCGUCUUCUGGCCAACCUGAAGGAGAUAGAGGAGCCUUUUGAGAAAGACCAGAUCGGUUCCAGCGCCAUGCCUUACAAGAGAAACCCCAUGCGUUCAGAGCGCUGCUGCAGCCUGGCCAGGCACCUGAUGACUCUCGUCCUGGAUCCCCUCCAGACGGCCUCUGUGCAGUGGUUUGAGCGAACGUUGGAUGACAGUGCCAACAGGCGCGUGUGUCUCGCUGAGGCUUUCCUCACAGCUGACAUCAUUCUGAGCACACUGCAGAAUAUCUCCGAGGGACUUGUGGUAUAUCCAAAGGUGAUUGCAAGGAGGAUCCGGCAGGAGCUGCCAUUCAUGGCCACAGAGAACAUAAUCAUGGCAAUGGUGAAAGCAGGAGGCAAUCGUCAGAGUUACUGAUAUUACGCUGGUGCUGCAAAGCCAGACAGCUCUCCGAGAAGAUUUUUGUGGACGUCUGUGUUUACUGUUAGGAAUGCUGUGUGUGUUGGAGUUAAACUGCCUGGUUGUGAUGGAAAGAGGCAGAGAGAGAGAGUACAAGCAAUUUUGAUUAUAAUAGAUACCUAUGGACAUUUCAAUUUUUUUGUAAACGUUUGAAGAAAUGUGGAACACAGGCUGCCCUUCUUUACAUGGAACACGUUGAUAUUUGGUUAUAAAUUUAAAGAAUGAAUCAGUGCUGUCAAUGACAAAGCAGGACAGACCAUUCUGAAUCACCCAUUCCUGUUGCAUUUCUCUAACUCAGUAUUGUGCUUUGUUUUAACGAACUUGGCUUAUAGGCCUUCAUUCAAUAUCCAAACCAACUGAAAUUAAAUAUUUUUCUUAGCAAAUAAAUCCAGGCACAAUUAGAUUUAUUG